AUGACAGAAGUUAUCCGCAAGAUCAAGGUCAAUCUGAAGGUCGCACAGGAUCGCCAGAAGUCUUAUGCGGAUCAGAGGAGGAGAGACUUUACAGUAGAGGUGGGCGAUCUUGUAUUUCUCCGAGUGCAUGCGAUUAGAGGGCAUACACGGUUUGGGAAGACAAGGAAGCUCAAGUCGCGCUACGUUGGACCAUAUCCUGUGAUUGCGAAGGUUGGAGUCGUAGCAUAUCGAUUGGAGUUACCCCCAGAACUCGGCCACAUUCACGAUGUAUUCCACGUAUCCAUGUUACGGAAGUACAUCGCGGAUCCUUCGCAUGUAUUACGACCACAAGAGAUUGAGUUAACCAGUGAUGUCAGAAUCCUCGAUCAACCACUUCAGAUUGCGGAACAAGAAGAUUCCUUUGGUCAAAGUCGUCUGGAGAAGCCAGGGAGUCUCGGACAUGACAUGGGAGCCAGAGCAGGAGAUACGCGACCAUUACCCACAUCUUUUUGGUACGUGUGA